AUGGCUUCUCGUCACACAUGUGCUAAAAAUGCUACAACCCAUCCUGGUCAGAUCAUUCUUGACACACAACCAAAACAACACACCAAAGCUGAAAAACAAGCAGAUGAUGACUGCUUGACAGCAGCCAGGGCACAAAAGGAAGCGGAUGCCCUAGCAGGGCUCACCAGACUGGCAGAAAUGCAAGUCCAGAUGGAAGCUACACAGACUCAAGCUGCUGAAAAGCCCAAGGCAGUCAAACUGCGACCAAUACCAAAGGGCCGCCAGGCACAUACCAGCCACUCAGAGGAGCCCUUUUCCUUAGCAGGUUGCCAGUAUACCAUUGGCAACAUGGAUGGUCCUGGUGAGACGUUAAGCUUGAAGGAUCAGAUUUUCGACGAAGAUGAGUCAUUGGGUGGUAGCAAUAUUGGAAUUCCAGGUGGUACAAAGCAGAAGUCAAGGAAACAGACACUUAAGGCAGCUAUCUCAACUGUUAGAGAGAAUAUUGAUGCAGAUGUCAACAAUGCGCAUGCAAACAACAAGAAAGGCAACUCGUUAUUUUCAUGUGCACCUCCCCCUCCUAGCAGCAAAGCAGAUGAUACUGAAGAUCUUGUUGGAGCUUUUGGAGAUGAGGACUUGGAUGAAACACUUGAAUGGGAGGUAGCGGCACUUAUGUCAAAGAGUCAGGGUAAACAACCAGUGAUGAGGAAGAAGCUCACUGAGGUCAUUGAGUUCUCUGAGAGUGAGAUCUCCGACUUUCCAAACACAGACAAUGACCUUAUGGAGGUUGAUGGCCUGAAUGAUGAAUCAGAUGCUGAUAUCAAGCCUGAGCCAGUGGACUCCUCUUCCUCCCUCAAAGAAGGUAAAGCUCGAGAAAAUGCCAAACUAGAGGGCAACAUUAAAUCCGAGGGAACAUCGACUGCAGUUGCCUGGCACCUGGACCUCCUGCCAGGCUGUCAUGAGGAUGGAAAAUGGGCUCGAGUCUUUUUACCGACAGUUUUUCUGUGGCUUGGCACACAAGAGGAACUCUGGGUUAUCGCUGAUGCUAAGUUGCUCAUGGCAUGCAAAGAAAUUUUCAAGGUUGUCUAUCCAAAUAUUCACUACAAUGUCACUACGUCUGGGUCACACAACAUGUUGGUGAAUGGCGUAGCAACUUCAGGUCUACUAGCACUUGCCAUCGCAAUCAAUUUUUGUGCCUCCAAUCAAGACUCAACACCAGCAGAACUUGCAGAACUCCUUCUUGUGCACUAUGCGUUCUUAUACCCUAACCCUGAUGACAUUGACAAGUCAGCAACCUUCCACUCUGCAUUUGUCCAGGAACUUCUUGUGACUGCACAUCUUUCUCAAAUUCUAGGACAUGCUGACGUCACUGUUCUCAACACUGACGGCUUAAUUAAACACGGUUUUGUUGGGGCGUUGGGGUUGUGUGCUGUUUCACUUGAACGCGCUUUCUCUCUUCUUGCUGAUAAUACUGUCACUAUUGUCCAUGAGGAUAACUCAGGGCUGCCGAUUACUGCAUGGAGAGCUCAUCUCAAGAUGCCAAAGACCUUCAACAAAGCUACAGGCAAGGAGACAGUCUCAGAGCACACAUUUAUAUGUGGGGCGGCUAAGAAGGGGGAGGCAUCAACAGAGCUCACUGUCUCAAUGGCAUGGAAGCUUCUGAAGAAGCCCGGCUUCGAGAGGUACUCCAGCAAUGACUCAUUCGAGGAUGAUGAUGAUGAUGUGGACAUUUGUGAUUUUAUGAUGCAACCUGCAAUGGACUUUGUCGAGUUUUCACGCCUUAAAUGA